UGAGAAUCUUCCAUUUGUUCUCCCUAGCGAACCUACUCUUAUCUUCCGCCUCUUCCUUGAGGAUUCUCCGCCCAUUAGAGGCGCUGACCGGUCACCUGGUGCUCAGAUGCAGGAAGUGGGCAACUUGAAUCCCUCUUGCGCGUUGUCUGUGGUGUCUUUUUUUGUCUCCUCGGAAGCUCCUCCUUCAGCGUCUGCAUCUUGAUCUUUACUUCUCGCAUCCUAGAUCUUCUUGCUAUAUUACGUAAUGGAGGGACAGCAUAUAAUGGCUCAGGUGCAUAUACAGACCCCAACGUCGUCCUCGUCGUCCUCGUCGUCUGUGACUGGGGAAGAAUCCAGGAGGCUGCGGGUGGCAGCCCGCGAAAGGAUGGCUGGAGGCCGUUUGUUGGACAGUCAUAGCCUGGAUGGGAUAAGCCAAGUGUAUGGAGCAUCCAAGGCUCAGGAAGGUAGGAGGGCUACCAUAUCCAGCGCUUUGGAGCUAGAAGGGACAGUGAGCCAUGACGGGGACCUGACACACUUUGUGGCCAACAACCUGCAGAUGAAGAUCAAGAUGAGCUCCCGGGGCAGUCUGGAUGACACAGAACCCACCUCCUCCUCAUCAGUGUCGUCGCAGUUGUCCGUUAGGGGCAAAACUGCAGAUAUACCUCCAAUUGACCCACAGGUGAUUAGGGAUCUGGAAAGGCUCACUAGGGAUGUGGCACAGAAGGUGGACCAGAUGCUAAGAGCCUUGAACAGCGCUAUCCAGAACAUGACAGCCCUAAGUGUGGGGUACAUCCAGACUUACCGGGAUGCUGUAGACAGCUUGGGUGAAUCUGUGGACAUGAGCAUCAAAGGGAUGUACACUCUGAUGGCAAGGUGCGAGGAGUUGGACCGCUCCAUGCAACCUGUCCAUACCCUCGCUAAACAAAUCCGGGAGAUUAAGAGGACUCUGGAAAUCUUUGAGACACUUUGCAAGUAGUGCCUCUUUCAACAACAAAAAAAACUAAUUAACUUGUUCACUGGUGGGGCAUGAAGCAGGGGCUGAUACCUGAUCUACUGUGAUUCAUACUCAAAAAGGGAAAACUAUGUGGAUGUGUUCUUGCACUAUAAUAAAUGAAGUAUGGCAGUGUUUCUCAAACUUUA